ACCGGGGAGGGGCCCCGCAGAGUCGGGCGAGGGGAGGAAAGCCGCCGGGCUGGAGGGAUGGCCGGAUGUCCCGGCCCGCAGCCCUGAGCGCGGCGGUGGCGGUGGCGGCGGCGGCGCUGGUGGUCGCGCUGCUCGUGCUGCAGCCUGAGGACACGGGGCCGGGGGCCGGCUCCAGCAUGGCUGAGACAGAAGCGCUACCGAGGCUUCGGGAAGACUUCAGGAUGCAGAAUAAAUCCGUCUUUAUUUUGGGUGCCAGCGGGGAAACCGGCAGAGUGCUCUUGAAAGAAAUCCUGGAGCAGGGCCUGUUUUCCAAAGUCACGCUGAUUGGCCGGAGGAAGCUCACCUUCGACGAGGAAGCUUAUAAAAACGUGAAUCAAGAAGUGGUGGACUUUGAGAAAUUGGAUGACUAUGCUUCUGCCUUUCAAGGUCAUGAUGUUGGAUUCUGUUGCCUGGGUACCACCAGAAGGAAAGCUGGGGCGGAGGGAUUUGUUCAUGUUGAUCGAGAUUACGUACUGAAGUCUGCAGAGCUGGCAAAAGCUGGAGGGUGCAAACAUUUCAACUUGCUGUCCUCUAAGGGAGCUGAUAAGUCAAGCAAUUUUUUAUAUCUGCAAGUCAAGGGAGAAGUGGAAGCUAGGGUUGAAGAGUUAAAAUUUGAUCGUUACUCCAUAUUUAGGCCCGGAGUUCUAUUAUGUGAUAGGCAAGAAUUUCGCCCAGGUGAAUGGUUGGUUAGGAAGUUCUUUGGCUCCUUACCAGAAUCUUGGGCCAGCGGUCACUCUGUGCCAGUGAUGACUGUGGUUAGAGCAAUGCUGAACAACGCAGUGAGACCAAGUGACAAGAAGAAGGAACUGCUGGAUAACGAGGCCAUCUACGACCUGGGGAAAGCUGAUGGCUCUCUCAAGCCGUGACCACACUGGAGAAAUGCUUUCUAUUGUCAAACUCAACACCCAUCACCUAAUUGGUAAUUGCAGGGUCUAAAAAAGACAUGUGCUUUAACUGUGGUUUCACUAUUCUCAGUCGCCCAGAUCCAAUCAAAAAAUGAUCGUGCUCUGCAUCAGCAUUUUAGAGCCUGAUUGUACAUAGGUAGACAUCACCCUGGGAGCCUUUCAAAAAUAGAGAUCCAGCAGCUCCCUGGUGGUCUAGUGUCUCGUGUUCGGCGCAGAAAUGAGAGGUUCAUAGCCCCUACCUCAAACUUUCUCAAUCAGAAUUUUGGGGGCAUGGGCACAGAAAUCUGUUGUUUUAUUUAAGCUUCUCUUAUGGUUCUGAUGCCACUGGUGGGGAGGCCAGCUUUGAAAGCUUGUCUGCAGAGUCACAGCAGCAGUGAAAACUUUAUGUAUCAUGCAGAUGAGUCCUGAACAAAAAUUGUUGACAUUUGUGUCUCUGAGUUACCCAGUGCUGACUGCAUGUUAAUUGUGUAAGUGAACAUUGUGCCUUACUAUUUCUUUAGACUAUAUAAUAAAAGUUAUUAUAUAACUGAGCUUAUAUAAUUCAUGGGAGAAUUAAAUAGAAGAAUUAAAAUAAAUGGACAAGUCGUGGGUUCCCUUAGAUUGUUAGAAAAUGCCCAGGUAUCGGUGGUAAUAUGCAGUAUUUUGGCCAAUGGGAUUAUAGAAUAGCAGCUAAUAUAUAUCAAGUGCUUGUUAAUUGCCAGUUUUUACACAUGAUGUCUGUCCUUUAACCCUCCAGACAAUCUUUAUAAUUCUUACAGGCAGUACUAUCAUCCCCCUAUCUUAGGUGGGGAAACCGAGGCUCACUGUGGUUAAAUGCCUUGCCCAAGGACUUAAAGCUGAAGCCUGAAGCUAGGAAAUGGCAGAGCCAGGAUUGUAACCCAAGUGAACCUGAAUCCAUAGCUUCUGUUUUUAACUACUCUGCAAGAGCAUCCAGUACCUGUAUAUUUCCAGGAAGUUCCAGUUAAUUGUUACUGGAUCAGUACAUGCCACGGAUGAAUACAAUAGAAAUGUUUGGGUUUCUUCAUUGGUCUAGGAUCCCUCUAAUGAUUAACUACAAAAUGUUCACAUAGCCAGUAAAUGUAUAUCUCAAAGUGCUUCACUUUAAAAACUAUGGAAAAGGAAAGGAAGAGGCAGAAGGAAGGGUCAAAGUCAAGAGGAACACACUGUUAAUUUCCAUCAUGGAACAAAGGAUAGUAGUGAAAUUUGUCUUAACUUCUGUGCUGGGGGAAGCAAAGUAAUAAAUUU